AUGGUGCCGGGACGGAACGAGCCGGGCGCUGCCGGCGCCGCGGCCUCUGCCUGCGCUUCCGCCCGCCCCGCCUCGCCCGCCGCGCCCCGCCGCGACGCCGGCUCGGCCGCCGCCAUCUUGAACGCCCCUAAGGACACCCAGGUGUCGGUCCGCCCCUCCGCGCAGAACAUCCGCGUGGGCGACACAGUCGCCCUCACCUGCGAGGUGAGCAGCAGCUACCCCCCCAUCUCGUCGUACCGCUGGUACAAGGACGGGGUGGCCGUGGGCAGCGAGCAGAUGCUGACCCUCCGGGGGGUUCGCCGCGAGGACUACGGGCAGUACCGCUGCGAAGCCGAGAACGCCGUCGGGGCUGGGUCGGCGCCUGCCGUGACGCUCUACGUCUUCUCUGCAGAGAUCUCGGUGAGCCCCACGGCCGAGGUCCGGGAGGGGACGGCCACCACCUUGUCCUGCGACGUCCCUGGCAGGGAGGGCCAGGAGCUCAACUACACCUGGUACAAGAACAGCGCCUGGCUCAAGGAGGGCACGGCGCACACCCUGCUCUUCCACCACGUGGCCGCCGGCGACGCCGGCUAUUACUCCUGCAAGGUGACCAACGACCGGGGCAGCGUCACAUCCCAGGCCAUCAGCCUGAGCGUGACAUACCCCCCCCGGACCCCCACCAUCACGCUCUUCCAGGAGACGCAGGGCGGCAGGUUGGCCAUCAUCCGCUGCGCCGUCGACAGCCACCCCCCGGCCACCGUGGCCCUUUACCGCGACGGCACCUUGCUGGCGGCCAGCGGGUUGCAGGCGGCCCCGCGCCAGCGGUUCGGCGUCACCGCCUCCCGCAACGGCCUGCGGCUGGAGAUCCGCGGCGUGGGGCCCCAGGACAGCGGGGAGUACCGCUGCACGGCCGCUAACGCCUACGGCAAAGCCAGCGCCACCAAGGUCUUCGUCGCCCACGCUACAGAGGUCCUGAUCCAGCCCUCGGCGGAGGUGCGGGAAGGGGCGGCCGUCACCCUGACCUGCCUGGGGGCUCAGGGUGCGGCGGAGGAGACCCUCUACACCUGGUACAGGAACAGCAAGCGGCUGCAGGAGAGCUCGUCCCCAACGCUGCGCUUCCCCUCCGUCCGCGGCGAGGACGCAGGCGCUUUCCAGUGCAGGGUCCAGAGCAGCAACGGCAGCGACACGUCGGCGGCCGUCCCGCUCCGCGUGCUCUUCCCACCGAGGCAACCGGUGAUGAGCUCCUUCCUGGAGACCCAGGGCGGGCGCCUGGGCAUCAUCCAGUGCACCGUUGAGAGUGACCCAGAGGCCAACCUGACCCUAUGGAGAGGAGAAGAAGCGAUAGCCUGCACGUGGGGCUGCCCCACAGCCCCCGACCCCCGGGUCCACGCCACCUUGUCCUACAACAGCCUGAAGGUGGAGAUCCGGGAGGUGGUGCUGGAGGACGAGGGGACCUACGUGUGCUGGGCUGGGAACCCGCAGGGCAACGCCAGCGCGGCCCUGGACUUCAGGGCUGAGACUGCCAGCAUCGCAGUGGCUCCGUCCUCCCACGUGCUGGAAGGCCACGCCGCCAACCUGACCUGCCGGCUGAGCAGUGACUCCCCGGCUCUGCCCAACUUCACCUGGUACCGAAACGGGCAGUGGCUCGCCGAGGGCUCGGCCGCCUCCCUGGUGUUUCGGCAAGUGGCCAGCACGGACGCGGGUCUCUACCGCUGCACAGCCAGCACCGACGGCAGCAGCCGGAGCUCCCCCGCUGUCUCCCUGGAUGUUCUGUACCCCCCGCGGGACCCCCGCCUGACGGCCUUCCUGGAGACGGAGAGAGGCCGCCUGGCCAUCUUCCAGUGCUCGGUGGCAAGCAACCCUCCUGCCCGGCUGGCCCUGCACCGGGGUGAGGAGCUGGUGGCCACCAGCGAGGCGGGGAGCAGCCCCAGCCCUCGGGUCAGCGCCUCGGCCGCCCCCAACGCCCUCAGGGUGGAGAUCCGGGAGGUGACGCCGGCGGACGAAGGCAGCUACCGCUGCACCGCCACCAACGCGCACGGCACCGCGGCACACCGCCUGUACUUCCGCGUGCAGACUGCCCGAGUCCUCAUCUUGCCGUCCGCGGAGGUGCGGGAAGGAGACGACGUCUCCCUGAUGUGCCAAGUGGCGGGAGAGCCACAGGACGACACCGUCUUCUCCUGGUACAAGGACAGCAAACGGCUCCAGGAGAGCCCCGACCACCUCCUCGCGCUGCCCCACGUCGCCAGCGCUGCCGCCGGCUCCUACCACUGCCGAGCCCGCAGCCCCUCAGGGACCAGCAUCUCCCCAGCCAUCGCCCUGCACGUCUCCUAUCCUCCACGGGCGCCGGUGCUGACCUCCUUCCUGGAGACCCCCGAGGGGCAGCGGGGGGUCCUGCAGUGCACGGUGGACAGCAGCCCGCGGGCAGAGCUGGCUCUUUUCAAGGACCAGGCGUUGGUGGCCUCCACGGCGCUGCCCCAGCCCACCGCCCUGCCGCGGCUCAGUGUCGCCUCGGCCUUCAACACGCUGCGGGUCAGCAUCCGCCCCGUGCUGCUGGAGGACGAGGGGGAGUACGUGUGCUCCGCCAGCAACGCCUACGGCAAUGCCAGCACUGCGGCAAACUUCACGGCGAGCACUGCCAGGGUCUGGAUCUCUCCCUCCCCGGAUGUCCGGGAAGGCGACGCCGUCAACCUGACCUGUGCGGUCGAGAGCGGUGGCGGGGAAGCGCUGAGCUACACCUGGUACAAGAACAAGGUCUGGUUCAGCGCCGGCUCGGCCCCGGCCCUCGCCUUCCCCAGCGUCACUGCCGCCGACGCCGCCUCCUACCACUGCACGGUGCAGACCCCGGCACGGACCCGCAGCUCUGCCCCCACCACCCUCAACGUCCUCUACCCCCCCAGGAACCUGCAGAUGAAGGCCUUUGUGGAGAGCGGCGACGGGAUGGCAGUCGUCCUCCUCUGCGCCGUGGAGAGCAAUCCCCUGUCCGAGAUCACCCUGCUCAAGGGGGGGCAGCCGGUGGCCUCCAGCCCCCCCGCGGGAGGCGACCACCCCGGGCAGAGGGGCCGCAUCUCCCCCGCUCCCAACGCGUUGAGGCUGGAACUCCGGGAGGCCUCCGAGGAGGACGAGGGCGAGUACGAGUGCCGGGCACGCAGCCCCCUCGGCAGUGCCCGCGCGUCCCUGCCCCUCCGUGUGCAGGCCAUCAGGGUGGUGGUGCGACCCUCCGCCGAGGUGCCCGAGGGGACCGACGUGACGCUGACCUGCCGGGCCGUGGGUGCCCACCCGGGCACCCUCUACACCUGGUACAAGAACGGGCGGUGGCUGGCGGAGGGGCUCGACGCCUCCCUCGUCCUCCCCAGUGCCCGGCGCACGGAUGCGGGUGCUUACGGCUGCCAGGCGGGGAGUGGGGUGCGCGCCCGGCGGGCCCCCCCCGCCGCCCUGCGGGUGCUCUAUGCACCUCAGGAGCCAUCCUUCAUCUCCUUGGUGGAGCCCCAGGGGGGGCGGCAGGCCGUCCUGCUCUGCACCGUCGACAGCUUCCCACCCUCUGACAUCGCCCUGCACCGGGGUCCUGGCCGUGCGCCCCUGGCCUCCACGCGGGGCCCGGCCGACCCCCGCUUCGCCGUCCAGGCGGCCCCCAACUCCCUGCGGGUGGGGAUGGAGGGGCUGGAGCCGCGGGACGCGGGGCUCUACGUCUGCUCGGCCAACAACAGCUACGGCACCGCGUCCUCAUCCCUGCGCCUGGACAUGGAAGGGGUCACAGUCACGGUUGAGCCCUCGCCAGAAGUCCCCGAAGGCACCACAGCCACCAUGACCUGCUCGGCCGUCCCUUGGGUGGGCAAAGAGGCCAACUACACCUGGUACAAGAACAGCCGGUGGCUGCAGGAGGGACCGGCCGGCUCCCUCGUCCUCACCAGCGUCUCCAGCGCUGACACCGGCUCCUACCGCUGCCGGGCGAGCGGGACACGGGGCAGUGCCACCUCGGCCCCGCUCAGCCUCAGCGUGCUCUACCCCCCCCGGGACGUAUCCGUCAGCACCUUCCUGGAGAACCGCAGCGGGCGGGUGGGCAUCGUGCUGUGCACGGCUGACAGCCACCCGGCUUCCACCAUCGCCCUGUACCGCCGCGGCCGGCUCCUGGCCUCCAGCCUGGCCUCAGCCACGGUGCCGGGGGUCCGCGCUUCCCCCUCCCACAACACCCUCCGGGUGGAGCUCGGGGCCGUGGGGCCGGAGGACUCGGGGGAGUACACGUGCGUGGCCGGCAACCCCCUGGGCAACGCCACGGCCGGCGCCUACUUCGACGUGCGCACUCUCACCCACCUCCUGGCCUUCACCAUCCUGGCCGGGCUGCUCAUGGCCGUCAUCUGCGUGGCCGCCCUGGCCCUCCUGGCUGUGAAGCUGUGGCCCAGGAUGAGGAAGUUUCAGGGCUGGUCCCGUGCCAAGGACACCUUCGAGCUGAGGAGCAAACAGGAGCAGGCACAGGUGGAUGGAUCUUCCUAAGCCGGUGGCUCUUUGGCCCAGGAGCAACUGUAG